AUGGCUGUAGCAGUGAUUAAUAGCAUAUCGUGGGGCCUUCCGGGAAAGUUCCAGAGCCUCUCUCUCAGUAGCACUCCAACUGCUGCUAGCGCCGCCUUCAGGCCACUCGGCUUUUCCUCCACCACUUCCCUCAGCCUUUUUUCCAAAGGACUGGUCUUGGUAAGCCCAGUUCAAAUGCCACUCCACCGCUCCAUUGUGUGUGAAGCCGCGACUACGAAAAAGGCGGACUCUGCUGCGAAAAGGGCUCGACAAGCUGAGAAGAGGCGGGUUUACAACAAGGCGCGGAAAUCUGAGAUCAGGACUCGGAUGAAAAAGGUUCUAGAAGCGCUUGAUGUUCUUGGAAAGAAGCCUGAGGCACAACCUGAAGACAUUCUUCCCAUUGAGACACUAAUUGCAGAGGCGUAUUCUGUCAUCGAUAAAGCUGUGAAAGUUGGAACGCUUCAUCGGAAUACAGGAGCAAGGAGAAAGUCCCGACUUGCUAGAAGAAAGAAAACCAUUGAGAUUCAACGUGGCUGGUAUACACCUGCAGCUCCAGCCCCCUCAGCGUAA